AAAAUUGUAUCAUACAUUGAACAGAUUCUCAGUAUGAUCCUGUAGAGUUUACUCGUUCGUUCACUUGUAUUCUCUUUCAUAGAGGACGAGAGAGGGAGAGUUUCUAAUUAAUUAGAAGAUUUUUCUUUCUUUAUUUUCUAAACAAGUAUUACACUACUUUGAGAGAUAUAAAUAUUAAAAUGGCAAUUUCACAAGCCGUCUUGGCUACUGUCUUUGGCAUCCUAGGGAAUAUCAUCUCCUUUUUCGUCUGCCUUGCCCCAAUACCGACGUUCGUUCGUAUAUACAAGAGAAAAUCAUCUGAAGGGUAUCAGUCGAUCCCUUACGUGAUUUCUCUGUUCAGCGCGAUGCUAUGGAUGUACUAUGCAAUGAUCAAGAAAGAUGCUAUGAUGUUGAUCACCAUAAACUCCUUUGCCUUUGUCAUACAAAUCGUCUACAUCUCCUUGUACUUCUUCUACGCUCCUAAGAAGGAAAAGACUCUAACGGUGAAGUUCGUCCUCUUUGUGGACGUUCUCGGUUUCGGCGCAAUCUUCGUGUUGACAUACUUUCUGAUUCAUGCCAAUAAACGUGUUCAUGUUCUUGGAUACAUUUGUAUGGUCUUUGCUCUAUCUGUUUUUGUUGCUCCCCUUGGUAUCAUUAGGAAAGUGAUCAAAACGAAGAGCGCCGAGUUCAUGCCAUUCGGUCUCUCCUUCUUCCUCACCUUAUCGGCUGUCAUGUGGUUUUUCUAUGGGCUUCUCCUUAAAGACAUGAACAUUGCCCUGCCAAAUGUUUUGGGUUUCAUCUUUGGAGUACUUCAGAUGAUUCUUUUCUUGAUCUACAAGAAACCUGGGACUAAAGUCUUGGAGCCACCAGGGAUUAAGCUUCAGGACAUAUCUGAGCAUGUCGUCGAUGUUGUGAGGCUAAGUACGAUGGUUUGCAACUCACAGAUGAGAACUUUGGUGCCACAAGACAGUGCCGAUAUGGAAGCAACCAUUGAUAUAGAUGAGAAGAUCAGAGGAGACAUUGAGAAGAUUAAGGAUGACAAAGAAGCAUUUCUUAUUUCUAAGAAUUAAUUAGCUUUUAACUAUCAAAUGUCAUUGUGUGUGGGUGUGUAUCUCAGUUUGCUUGCAUGUUAAGUUAGGGUUUAAUCUUUAAUUUGGGUUUGAUCUGCGAUCAUCGUGCAUCUCUCCCACCUAUCUGUGAUCUUUGUCUCUCCCUCUCUCAUCUCGAAUGUAAGAUAUGUCUUGUUAAAUUAAAUAAAUGAAUAUGUCGUUG